AUGUUGCGUCUUCUUCCUCAGUCCGUCAGACUUGGAGUUCGUAGUUUCUCCUCAGCCUCUCCUCUUACUAGUGAGCUUAAAACGAAAAUAGAUAAUAUCGUUAAAACUGAUGAUGUCGUGGUUUUCAUGAAAGGAACACAAAAAGAGCCUAUGUGUGGCUUUUCACGUAAUGUGAAACUUGUGCUUGACUACCAUGAGGUUAAAUUCAGGGAUUUCAAUGUGCUCGAAGAUGCUGAACUAAGAGAAGGCAUCAAAACGUACAGUGAAUGGCCUACGAUUCCUCAGGUUUAUGUGAAAGGAGAAUUUGUAGGAGGUUGUGAUAUUUUGGUUCAGAUGCACAAAGAGGGAGAGAUCAGCGAUUUCUUCGAUGGCAAAAAAAUACCAAACAAGUACGGAAACAUCCAAUAA